AUGUAUUUUUUCAAGAAGACGGACAAGUCGCAUGAUGCUACUAAACGAGUGAGGAAAGCAGCAAGUGGCGAUGCUAGUGACCAGGAGGAAGAGGCUAGCCCCGCAACAGGUGACCUGGUUCAUAGCCCGCCUGAGUGGGGGGCAGAUACAGCGCACCCGAUCAGCCAUCAUGUGGACCCCCACCAACAACCGGAGCAAGAGGCCAGUAUGGAGAUAUCAGCUAGCCAAGUACAGCAGCAAGAGGCGGGAACCACGACAUCAACGCGCUUCUUUCAUGAAGCGUCAGAAGGAGAGGAGCGCGCACUGAGCGGAGAGGAAUGUGGUUCAUCCAGCGACAGGUCAGGGGGAUGCGCAACUGUUUGGACUGCUGCUCAGUUCAAGGUGAAGCAGAGUUACUACCCCUGGCUUCUUAUGGACAGUUCUGGUUUGGGCUGCACAAUUUGUAAGACGGUGGGGACUUUGGGGCCGGAGAAAACGGGAGGAAUGAAACUUGCUAAAGAGUGGGUGUCAAAUAGGCCAGGGCGCUACACUGUACUGAGCCAAAGAGGAAUUGAGGAAAACUCUUUCCAAGGAAUUACACUAAAUGAAGGAAAAUCAAGCGACAAAACACUGGACGCCAAGCCAUUUUUCCAAGCUGUGGCCAAGAACCUGGAGAAUCGGAUGUUAUCCCAAGGAGGCCGGGUACCAGACAAAACGGGAUAUAACAAGUUCAUUGAGGAGUUGAAGGUGCUUUAUGCGCAGUAUUGGCCCGAGGACGCAGGCAGGUGUUCAGUCCCAUCUUCUCUCGUCAAACUCGCCCUCCCCCCGAAGUGCGCUCAGGCUAACGAGGCCGCACGACCCGCGGGGAGUUCGCUGUUCGUUUGCUAA